AUGAUUUUAAAUAGCAAUGGAGGCUUAACUAGUCUCAACAUAAAAGUUAAUUUUAAUAAGUUUAAACCUACUAACACACUACACUGCCUUAUUCCAGUGAAAUCUUCUGAUUUUGUAAAAGAGAAAGAGAAGAAGAAAGAUCCAAGUCUUUUAGAAGUAAGAAGUCAAGUCCAUGAAUAUAGAGCAGGUGAUACCUCUCAUCCCGAGAAUGAUAAGAUUUAUGCCAAGCUUAGGGGUUUGAGAGAACAAAUGAAAGAAGCUGGUUAUAUACCUGAGACUAGAUUUGUGCUACAUGACAUAGAUCAGGAAAGCAAGGAAGAUGCUCUUCUUGCUCACAGUGAGAGACUGGCUGUUGCCUAUGGCCUCCUCAGCAGCUCAGCACGUUCACCUAUUAGGGUGAUCAAGAAUCUUCGGGUUUGUGGUGAUUGUCAUAAUGCACUGAAGAUCAUUUCUAAGAUAGUCGGCUAA